AUGGAUAAAGAACCACUCCCUGUCGACUCGAAGGUCGAGUCGUCCGGUGAUGGUGUAGUUGAAACGGGGGACUUGCAGCUUCUAGCUGCGAUGGGCUACAAGCAGGAGCUGCGCCGUCACUAUUCGACCGUCCAGGUGUUUGCCAUCGCGUUCAGUAUCAUGGGGCUCCUCCCUUCGAUCGCAUCGACGUUGUCGUUUUCCGUGCCUGCUGGGCCGGUGGGGAUGGUUUGGGCCGACCUGGCUUCUGCGAUGCCCACGGCCGGAGGGUUAUACUUCUGGACACACUAUUUCAGUGGUGGCAAGUGGAAGAACCCGUUGAGCUUCGUGGUGGGCUGCAGCAAUACCAUUGGCUUGGUAGGAGGUGUCUGCUCGAUUGAUUAUGGCUUCGCCACCAUGCUUCUCUCGCUGAUCUCUCUCAGUCGGGAUGGCAACUGGACGGCGUCGCGGCCGGCCAUCUUCGGCACGUACGUCGCGUGCAUUGUGACGCACGGGGUGAUCGCCACGUUUUUCGGACGGAUCAUGCCCAAGAUCCAGACGGCGUGCAUCUUCACCAACGUCGGGCUGGUGGUGGCGUCUGUGAUUGCGCUGCCGGUGGGGAGAGCGAUGCGGCACGAGCCGAUCAACCCGGGGAGCUACGUGUUUGGGAAAGUCGAGAAUCUGACCGAGUGGCCGACGGGCUGGACAUUCAUGCUGGCCUGGCUGUCGCCCAUCUGGACGAUCGGGGCGUUCGACUCGUGCGUGCACAUGAGCGAGGAGGCGACCCAUGCCGCGCGCGCCGUGCCCCUGGGGAUCAUCUGGUCGACGGCUCUGUGCGGCAUCCUGGGCUGGCUCUCGCUGGCCGUCAUCGCCGCCGUCAUCGAUACCAACCUCACCAACGUGCUGGACUCCAAAUUCGGCCAGCCCAUGGCCCAGAUCUACUAUGAUGCCUUGGGCAAGAAAGGUGCCCUUGGCUUUAUGGCUGUCGUGGCGAUUGUCCAGUUUUUUAUGGGCUUAAGCUUGGUAAUUGCUGCCUCUCGACAGAGCUGGGCCUUCUCCCGUGACGGAGGCAUCCCCUUCUCCCACUUCUUCCGCCACGUCAGCAAACGGGUCAUGUACCAGCCCGUGCGAAUGAUCUGGGGCGUGGUGGUGGCGGCGAUUGUGCUCGGCCUGCUGGCGUUGAUCGACAGCGCGGCGUCCAACGCCCUCUUCUCCCUCGCCGUCGCGGGCAACGAUCUCGCCUGGCUGGUUCCCAUCCUGGCCCGACUCGUUUGGGGGGAAGAACGGUUCCAACCGGGCGAGUUCUAUACCGGUUGGCUGAGCAAGCCCAUCGCCAUCACGGCCAUUGUCUAUUUGACCUUUGCCAUUAUCUUGUCCAUGUUUCCCACCACGGGGGGGAAUCCGUCGCCCCAAGAUAUGAACUACACGGUCGUCAUCAACGGGGCUCUGUGGGGAGGCGCAAUCCUGUACUAUUUCUUGUAUGCACGCAAGACAUUUACAGGCCCCAAGACGACUGUUGGAGAGGACUCGUCCUCGCCGUCUGAGACCAACUUGGAAUAG